AAUUACUAUUACUGAGGUCUAUAUUCACAUGCUUACGGGAGCUUGGGAAUAGGUUAGAGCAGAUGACUGCUGAGCAAUGAAUUCAAGGGCCAGUCUAUUGGGAGUAUUUUUUUUUCUCUCAGUGACUUAAACUUCUGUCUGAGUUCUCAGAGUUUUUAGUCAGCUGGCCUGUAGCAGAGCUGCAACUUCCCCAAGGAAGCCCUUCCUCAACUUUCACUGGAGGGCUGUCGGGAGAGCCUGGGAGACGAACGCUGCAAGCAGAAGGGAAGUGUCCUCCUUCAUCCAAACAGCAGAGCCAUGAAACUGUAUCUUUUACUCUUCCUGGCAGCGAACGGAGGGAUCUCUAGCCAUCGGCCCUUGGAAGAGUCGCCCUGUGAAAUGGUAAAGAUGAAGGCAUUUUGUCAUGGCAAAGAGCUUCACCAAAUCCCUCCAGAGCUCCAUCCAAACAUAAAUAAAAUAGAUUUGUCUGGAAAUCAGAUAAAAAAUAUCUCUGAGAAGCCACUGACAUUUUAUACCUCACUCCAGCAUUUGGAUUUAAGAUCCAACCAAAUAAGCUUCAUUGAGCCUGGAGUCUUCACAUACAUGACAAGCCUGGUGGAGGUAAAUUUAGCCAAUAACCGGUUAGAUGAGUUGGCUCAGCAUAGGACACCGGGUGUUGGACUUUUACCAGAGAUCAGAACACUGGACUUGUCCCACAACAGACUUUACAAUGGAAUGGCUGAAUAUUUUAUGCACAAAGCACCAUCACUUCAGUAUCUUUCCUUGGCAGAAAACAGCAUUACCGUGAUAUUGCGCAGGAUGUUUCAGGGGUCACCAGCUCUUGUUGAGGUUGACCUCCACAGUAAUAUCAUCAUGGACAUAGAAGAAGGUGCCUUUGAAACUCUGGUGCAUCUCACCAAGCUCAAUCUCUCCAUGAACUCGAUCACUUGCAUCUCAGAUUUCAACCUAAGACAACUGCAGAUACUCGACCUCAGUAGGAACAGCAUUGAGACUUUUCAUACAACAGAGUCAAAGGAAGAAUAUAACCUGAGGUGGCUGGAUCUUAGUGAGAACAAGCUACUGCGCUUCCCAGUUUUCCCCCAGGUGAACAAGCUGGCGUAUCUGAAUUUAUCUAAGAAUUUAAUGCAGCUUACUGCAGACUCUGCUCACAAUGAGAUGGACUAUAUGGAAAGGGACUGGCUAGAAGCUCCUUUUCAUCUUCUGGAUCAGAAGCAAAAUACAAACACAAGUUCUCUGUAUCUAUCCCAGCUUUUAUAUUUAGACUUAAGUUAUAAUGAGAUCAAAUCCAUCCCAAAUGAGUUCUUUGAGUCAAUGUCUUCCCUUCGGUUUCUUAAUCUCAGUAAAAAUUGUCUCCAGACAUUUGCAGUAAAUUAUGACAGUGCAUUGAUCUCACUAGCCAUCCUUGAUUUAAGCUUCAAUGCUUUGCAGAAUCUCUUACUAGAUGCCAGCACAUUGACUAAUUUACAGGAGCUCUACAUUCAAAACAAUCAUCUCCAAGCCCUGCAAUUUGAUAUCUUUGCAAGCCUUCCCAGCAUCAAAUUGCUUAAUCUCCAGAGUAAUAAUAUUAGCUUUUGCAGCAUGUAUUCAGGAUUAGCUAAACAAAGGCUUACUGGAGAGGAGACUGGUUGUGUAUCAUUUGUUGACUUCCCUGCUCUUAGGUACUUAUAUCUAGCUGACAACAUGUUGAAGAAUUUACCAAUAUAUUCUUUUUACAAGACUUCACUAAUUCUCCUGGAGCUCUCCAUGAACCAAGGACUGAAAAUAGAGGCUAAAGCACUAUCAGGACUGGAGACAUCUCUUGAGUAUUUGAAUUUACAUGGCAAUGGCAUGACAGUUUUAAAUAUUGACCUGCCUCAUUUUCAUCAUCUUAAACAUUUAAACCUGUCGGAAAAUCAGCUGAGCUGGUUACCCAAAUGGGGUAGUGAUGCUUCGUUGGAAGUUCUGGAUCUACAGAAAAACAGUUUUAGUAAUCUACAAAGCAGUAACAUUUUAGCAUUAGAGAACUCUCUUAAAAACUUAUAUCUUGCUGGGAACCCACUCAGCUGCUGUGGAAAUGUCUGGCUCUCAUCUAUAAUCCAGAAUAAAAAUGUAGAGAUCCCUGGUGUAGAGCAGAUAACAUGCCAGUACUCCAAGAGCUUUGGGUACCAAGAAGAAAUUUAUAUUAGCAGCAUAAGACCAGAAGUCUGUGAAAAAGAGGAUCUAAAGAAAAUCAAUGUGCUUAUUAUACUAACGGUUGCAUUAAUUUUAUCAGUAAUCAUCAUUGGACUGGGUUCAUUUUGUUGCUUCCGCAGACAAAAGUUUAGCCAGCAAUUUAAAGCAUAGCACAUGCCCAAACUUAACGAGAAAUAAAAUCAGGUGCUACACUGAAAACAUAUAGAAAUGAAGGGUCAGAUUCUUGCCUUUGAUUUAACUGUGGAUUUUAGGCCAGUUUUUAAUCUGCUCUCAGUUGCACCAGCAUCAUUUCUUGGGGUUGCAGCAACAAAGUAACCGAGAAGAGAAUUUGUCAUAUUUUGCACUUUUUCCAUGCUCAUGCAGAACUGUGAAAGCUUGCUCAUCAGAAGCUGAGAAUCUUCAUCUUCAUAGCAUAAAACUGGGCUAGUUGAAGGUUUGUGGAACUUAAACCAGCCAAAACUCUUUUGGGUACUACAAACUUUUCACUGAAAUGCUAAGCCAGCUUUUUGGUGCCUCUGGAUAGGGAGAAUCCCCUCCUGCCCCGUGCCAAGGUUGCAUAUCAUGGUUUAAUAGUCAUUUGUGUAACAAUACUUGGGGAUCUCAUCACAGCAGACAGGCAGGAUGACUCCUCAUGCAUCUUUGCAAAACUUCCCAAACCCACAUGCUUCAGCGAAACCCAUCUCUUUGAUUUGGGGUUUUGCUUUUUCAUAACAGGUUUGAGGCAGUUCAACUCUUAAAGCUAAACUCAAGGGAAGUGAACCCACACAACCCAGGACCAGUGAAAAACAAAGUCUGACCCUUCUCCCUUUGAAGUCAAUUGCAAAUCUCCCACUCAUUCCAAUGUGAACAG